AAUGUCGAUAAACAUGCUUUUCCAUUCGAUUUGUUUCCCAUUUUUUAAAAUACUUUCAAAAGAUGGGGUUAUUAUAAUAAGAAUGAAUCGGUAAAUGUGAAUAAUGAAUUUGAAAAAAUAAUUUAUCGGUAGAAUGACUGUGGUAUGUUCCCGCGUACGGAUAGCGUGAGAUUAAAUACAUAUGUACAAAUGCUGUUUGAUUGAUACUGUACAUUUAUUUACGUUCAUUUUUGUUACUGUUUCUUUAUUUGCGAUAUUUUCUGUGUAAUUUGACGUUAUAUCGAUAUUCCUCCAAUUUAAAGAAGAAUGCGGAAGUUGCAAAAACUCUCGAUGUUUAUGCGAGAAUUUAUCAUACCAUGCACUUUAUUAUGCACUUCUGAUCUUUGUGACUUUGUCCUAUUGAUCUUGAACGAUUCGUGGAUCUUCGUUUCUUUCGAUGAUAUGCGGGAAUACGUAAUAUUUAAAACUAUACCACAUAAGCAUUCAUUUCAGCAAAUACGAUUUCUUUGCUCUCCAUUGUGAAAUCUUUAGUUAAACUUCAACGACGAUAACAGAGCGGCGUCGAUGCGUUGAUCGAUAACUUUAUAAAAUGGUACGGUUCAUCAAACCGAAUCUGUUUCGAAGCAAGGGGCACAUUAAAUUUGAAAAGCAACAAGAGAAAAGCAACGAUGUAAUUAUCGUUAACGCAUUAUAACAGACAAAAAUGUGCCGAUACUUUGUUAACGUUUCUGAACGAAAUAGAAAGAAAAUAUGCUAUAAGUACGUAUGGUCAGUGAUCAGAGUAUGAACUAUAUUGUUGCAACUUAAUGUAAAAAUCUUAGGUGGCCGAGAAUAAUCUUUUUUGUUGUUAUCUUAUCUAGUUAUGACCUGUAACCUCCAAUAAGCACGAAAAGCAAGAAGACCUUUGAUACUGAUCCUCUCCCCCCUGAAAAGAGUAGCAGUGUCGUAGUUGAUUCGAUGUCGUUGGCCAUUCGGUCAGCGAACAUAGUCGGGGCAGGAAGCACUUACUUAACCGAUCUAUCGUGUACCCGUGCUUCCCAUCAAGCGUGUACGACCGCGGCCUGCUUUGCACCCCAAUCCUGUUCUUAGUGCGAUCAUUCCCCUCGAUCAGUGAUUUCUUAGCGCAAUCUUUGGAUAUCUUCGACACGGAGGGUUCGAGUAUCUGAUCGUGUUCCGGUCAGAGGUGUGCUAGUGCUAAACCGCGGGUCAUCUCAUUCAAUUUAAAAGCUGCAAGAAGUCCAUCCACGAGGAACGCAAGGGGAUGAAGGAGCGAGCGUAUAGAUGAAAUAAGCAGAUAUUCAGCCCUGUUAUCGUAACCAGCAGUAUGAUUUGGAACAAGGAACGGUCGCGGGGACGCGCUACUAUUUUUCUUCUCGUUGCGAUCUGUUUCGUCCUCGGUACAGCGCAGCCAGAAUUCGUCAAAGAUCCUACAUUGUGCGGCCGAGCGAAAUGCAAAGUGACAGCGACGAAGAAAUUCAAAUACGAAGAGAACGUGUCAUACUGGUACAGAUAUUCGGUAGACGUGAGCACGAAUCUGGGCAAUGUAUCGUCUACGUCGUUUUCGAUGCCACCGUCAUCGGAUUUCCUUGCGAACGAGUCCACCUUACGAUUGGAUGCGGAUUUGGUGAUUCGCUUCAACAACCCUUGCGAGGGAAGCUUGAAAUUCCACAACGUGAGCCUAAGUCACGAUCCUCGGAAAUACAAUCCAGAAUUUCCCGACCGUGCCGGCUCGGAGUUCAAGAAGAACCUGGAACGUUUCGCGUUGAAGUUCGCCUACGACGAUGGUCGGAUAGACGAGCUAUGUCCGGACAAACGCGACCCAGUCUGGGCCUUGAACUUGAAGAGAGGCGUGUUGUCUACGCUGCAAAACAGCAUGCACAGAUUUGACGUGGAUUAUCGCGCGGAAGAAUUAGACGUGAAUGGCAUCUGCGAGACGAGUUAUCGAUUCCACGAGGCGAGACAGACCAGUCUGGUAGUGAAGAAAACGAAAAAUCUGUCAAACUGCAUGCACGGGCCAAAACAUUUCUCUGUUAUUCGUUCAAACGCUUACAAGAGUCCGCGAUCGGGCGCUCACGGUCCUCGUCAUCCUCUUCUCGAGUCCCGAAGCGAUUGCGAGUUAACGAUUGAUCACAACGUCUACGAGAAGAUCGUGUGCAACGAGUUUCACGUGCUGGUGCCGCUGUCGAGUGGCAGUACAGGCGCAAGAACCGAAUCGACCACUACCCUUCGAUUGAUCAAAGAAUUGAAAGACGAUUAUAGCUACGGCAACGAGUACGAACAAAGCGACAAUUACGGGUCCGACCAAGAGGAAGACGAAGAGGAACAGGAAAAAUAUGAAAAGGACAGACACAGUCGCGCGAGAAGAACCAAUUUGUUGUACGAUUACUCGAAAACACCGAGGACCAUUCACGGCGAGUUGAGGAGUGCCAGAGAUUUGCUGAAGACAAUGUGUAGACUAGGAGUGAGUACGGAUGAGUUGCAGCAACGAUUUCCCGAGACAUUCACUGCGUUCAUUCAGUCGGCGCGACUUCUCGAUUAUUCAUCCUUGUCGCAAUUAUUCGUCAGGGCCCACGGUAUUUGCAAAACUGGCAAGAAACACAUUGUCGACUCGUUGCCAUUCAUUGGCAGUAACGCAGCCUUGAACGUAAUGAAAGAUCUGAUAAUAAAACGAUACGUCAAUCAUUCGACGAUCGACAAGUGGGUCAUCGCGUUUGCUUUAGUUCCUCGGCCAAAUCGAGAUACGAUCAGGGCUCUGUCACCCCUUCUUGAUUUUCAUCAACAAAUUCCAGAGACCCAGUUCAUUUUGAGUUACUCCACGACGAUUUAUGGCUUCUGUUCCACUCACGGCAUAAGUUGUACCAAUGUGGAACAGGUGACACGAUUCCUUUCAUACCUCGAGCAAAAGAUCGAAAAGGGAUGUGCACCUCGAACGCAUUCACUUUCUACAACGAAAGAGACAUUAGAGGCGUUAAAAGCGAUCGGAAACAUGGGCUUGGAAACCGAGAAGCUAUCAAAACUAUUGAAAGAAUGCAUAGAUGACGUAGGAGGAUUUUUAUCCACGGAGGUUCGCGUAGCGAGUAUCGACGCUCAUCGUAGAAUGCCGUCUUGCGAGAAAACGCGAGAUCUCUACUUUCUGAACUACUACCGGAACUUUACCUUGGAUACGGAAUUACGUAUCGCGUCUUAUCUGCAAGUAAUGCGUUGCCCCGAUUACAACGUCGUUAAAACAAUCAAGCACACGUUAAAAUCGGAAGAAAUUAACCAAGUCGGGACCUUCGUUUGGAGUCACUUGACCAAUCUCUAUAAUUCCGCUUCGCCGACCAGAAUCGAAGUUCAAAGUCUUUUGACGGAUCGCGACCUCGACGACAAGUUCAACAAAGACAGAAGAAAGUUCUCACGAAACUACGACGGAUCCUUUUUCUCGGAGGAAUAUAAUUUCGGUGGAAAUUACCAAGGAAAUUUAAUUUUUUCUCCUAAAUCGUAUAUACCUAGAACCGCUACAUUCAACUUGACCUUCGACCUGUUCGGCGAAUCUGUGAACGUUUUUGAAAUAACCACCAGACUCGAAGGCUUCGAAUAUUAUGCGGAGAAGUUCUUUGGUCCUAAUGGACCGUACAGUAACGAGAAAGUGUCGGGAUUCUUCAAACAUUUAUUCAGAAACUUCAGAGCAGCUCCGGAGCAAGAGGAAGACUAUUGGAAACGCGUGAAAAGGCUACCGAAUGUUAUCGAAAAUAAUUUCAACGAACCCAGAAUCAGCUUUAGUUAUAAGAUCUUCGGAAGCGACUUGAAAUAUUCUAUGUAUAACAGCGAUCGUGAAAUUAGAGAGGCCUUAACGCGUAUUAAUCCAUGGGAGAAGUUUAAUGAAAUUGCUUCUGGAAAGGAGAUUCGCUACGAAAAUGCAAUAAUGUUCUUGGAUUCCACUUAUGUGGCCCCGAUGACAUCGGGGCUACCUGUACGCUUGGAUUUUGCUGGCUCCGCGGCUUGCAAUUUCAAAAUGUCAGGGUUAUUGGACACCAAGAGGAUUUCUAAGAAAGAGAUCGAACUCAUCAGUAAUAUUGCACCUAGCAUGAGCGCCGACUUGAUCGGUAGCAUGACCGUAGACGCCUUUUAUAAGACCGCUGGAACUAAAUUACGAACGAACGUGUACUCCUCCGGAGCAGUUCAAAUUCAUCUGGAGGUAAAAGGAUUACAGUCGGUCAAAUUGAGUUUGGGCCUGCCGAAUAAACAAAUGGAGGUAUUUUCCGUUGGCACGGACAUCCUUUUAACAAGAGGCAACGGCGCCGAAUUAGUGGAAAAGCCACUAGGCAUUUUAAUCGCCGGCCAAAAUAACAACGAUCGAGCUUUAAUACCAAUCCCGAAAAAUGUGAUUAGCAACACGAGCUGCACUUGGGCCGCACUCGAUAGAUUGAUUGGUUUAAAGAUGUGCGUUAAUUAUCAGCUAUCCAACGCAACGAAAGAUCCGAACGCGCCUUACUUCGUUUUGAACGGACCCACGCUUUUCAAAAUCUCUUUGAUCAAAGCUGAUCCGACCGCCAAGAACUACUUGCUGAAGUAUACAUGGGAGAAGACAAUGGAGAGAAAUAUUUUUAGAGUCGCAUUCGAUACACCUGGAUCGUUAGUUAAUAGAGAGUUAAGCGCAAUGGUAGCGUUCGAUACGAAGACUCAUAACGUAACGGUUUUAUUAAAAUCUGCUGGAAAUUCUCUGGUGGCCGAAGGUACUUACAAAAGCACGGAAAACGAGACAUUUGUGGACAUUGGUUUCGACAUAAAUGGUACCAAGCACUUGGACGCAAGCUUAGGUUACGCGAUCAAAAAGUUUCCCUAUGGAUACACGUUCAACCCACAAAUGCACUUAAUCGUGAACAACGAACGGGUUGCGGCUCUUUCAGGUAAAAUCCGAAACGUUUGGAAAAGCAAUGUUUCCCAGUGCGAUAUAGACCUGACUUUCCAAACGAAAAGGGUAUGGAGCAAAUUCACGGGAUACAUCGUUCGAAGAAACGUGAGCUUGACCAGCGCCUUCCAAUUGGAGUAUCAGAUACAAAAGAUGCCCAAGAAGGAAAGUCUCAUAUUCGAGCUGUCAGCUUACAAUCGUUCGUUGAAACCUGUAACGCACAAAACGGUCGAUUUAAAGUUACAAUCUAGCGCAUAUCCUCAAUUGAACACGGAGAUCAAAGGAUCGUAUAAACAAGCGCUCGGUCAGUUGGAGUUACGCGCGGAAGUGAAUUCGAGUCCACAUCUCAAGGACGAUCGUCACAAGCUUACAGCGUUAUUGAGCAUCUUUUAUUCGAAAAUGUAUUUUCAAAAUCAGGAUACGAAAGUAAACGCGGUGUUCGCCAUAACAAAACCCAUUCAGAACUUGGACAUCAAAGUUGGAAUUAUUCACUAUGCUAUGGGACCGGAAUCGAAGACGGACUUGUUGAUAAGAUACGCCCCAGGAAAAGAGAUUAACCUAAUAGUGAACUUGAUAAUGCCUCGCGGCUUGGCGUUCAUCAUGGAGAGUCGCGUAAACUUGACGAUUCCGAACUUUAAUUCGAUGCUGGUCUACGUACGAAUCACAGAGAGAAUGAAGCGAACGUACGACUUGGAUCUUGCUGGAACUUGGUUCAGCGGGCACAACAUAACAGCACGUGGCACCUACUCGGACAGAUCCGUGGCGACCGUAUUUAGUCACAGUUUGAAGCUGAUAUUGAAAUCUCCAAGUUUCGUCAACGACUUCCUGGUGAAUUGCAAGGUGUAUCGAAAUUACAGCGACGUUAGAAUCGCUCUGCACGUAGAGCAGCUGAAUCAGGAUAGGUACGCUUUCAUCUUAAAUCACACGGUAGCAUCACCGACAAACAUUAUAUCGUACGUGGAAGGAAGAUACAAAGGAAACGUGUAUUCGGUGAUGACAGAAGUUGACACGCAACGAGAGAUUCGAAUGCAGAUACACUUGGACAAAUGGCGAGACGUUCAUUUAGCGUUUAUUAGCAUGAACGAGGAAAAUGAAAAGAGAUUCGGAGCGGAAGUGAAAUGGGACGCAAAUCGAGAUCCUGCGUUGAAACUAGCGUUGUUUUUCUCGUUAGAUUGUCAAAAGGCUCAAUUGCCCGCGCUUUCGAGCGCUGAGGAACAAUUAACUGAACGAAAUAUUAGCACAAUGGUCACUCUGACCUAUCCUGGUCGUUUACUAGCCUGCUCCUGCCACGUGACCGCGCGGGGAUACUACAAUUACAUCGUGGAUGCUACGAUCGAUUGGAAUCCAGAAGAAGCGAUAAAAUUGUUCAUCGCGACGGAAUAUAACGUAAAACCGUUGAUAAAAUCGAUCAGCCUGGACACUCGAUUGCUCAUGCCAUUUGAAAAUUGGAGGAAAACGGCCUUAGGCGUCAGGUACGAGCAGGAACAAAACAAGAUAAAAUUGAACGGUAAUGUUCACUGGAAGGAUUCGCAACGAUUGAUGGCGGAAUUGGACGGCAGUACGGAAGAGCACGAUAACGUUAAAGAAUGGAGAGCCAACUGUGGAAUAAGUAGCUCCAUUCAUGACAUUUUGUCGACCACAGUCAAUGUUACUCAUAAGGUUAUCGGUUGGGAAACCACGAACACUCGUUUACUAGUUAAAUAUCACCCGGAUAAGGUGAUCAAUGCUUGGAGUAUUUGGCACUUGGACAAAAAGUCCGAUGACGUUUUCAAUCUAACUGGUAAUCUGCAUCUCGAGUCGCCGGUGACUCGCUACAAAGUGAGCGACAUGAAAUGUCAGCUGCAAGUGUUACCAAACUGGAAAUUCUUAGGGGCGGCUAACUUGGAUUUGGAUGUAAAAACCUAUACUGGCAAACUGAUCGGCGAUCUUCAUCGUUUGAAGGAAUCCAUGGUGGAAUUCAACGUUACCACUCCGUUAGAAAAGUUUUCUUUGGUUCGUGGAAGAUUCGGUCUGUCGGAAAGCAAUAGACACAUCGUCGCGGAAGUGACCACUCCAGCUAGCGUUAUCGGUUUCGAGAUACUCUGUCAGUUCAUCACGCCGAUUUACAACUUCAACGUUCUACUGUCACUCGCGACGCCAUUGGAAAUACUUCAAAGGCUACUUUUGGUCGCUAAGUUGAACAAUCGAGAGGCCGACUUCCGUGUUGGCUACAACCGUAUACUCGCUGGCUUCCAGGGUAUUUGGCAUUAUCGCAAUAUUACUGAUUUUCAUUACAGUUAUGUACUGUUUACGCCUGUGGAAGGUUUCGAGGAGAACGGAAUCGUUGCCAAGUUAAUCGUAGCCCGCGAUAAGAACGAGUCUGUCGACAUCGAUACGGAAUUCUCCAUAAGAAUGUCUGACAAAAAAUACGCAGACGUGAAAAUCGGUGUCAGAGCUAAAGCCGGUCCGAAACCUGCGCCGAUUACUAUACCGAUUAUUAUCACGGGUAACCAGACGAACAUCGAUGAAGUGAAGAACGACGGUAGCAAGGAGUUGACGGAGAACGAGGACAACGUCGAGAAAGACGAGCUGGAUCAGUUCGAGGAUUACGAGGAGCAAAGUAGCCUUCAUUGGCACGGUGAAUUCGAAGUGUGUGUUAUAAUUAUCGAACCUAUCGUAGGAGAACUAGAUAUAGACAACGAAGGACCGACUUACAAGGUCGCCGCUGUUCUGGGCAGUUUCGACGACAAGAAAAUCCUGUUGCACGAUACAUUUUGGAUGGAGGAUCUUUUCAAUAUGCGGAACAAAUUGAACUUGGUCGUUCCGUUCGGUUUCGUCAAUGAGAUCGUCUGCUCGAAUGCGUUUAUCGUGGACCUAGAAAAACUCAUCUACAGGAUGGAAGCAACUGUGGAAGUUAAAAAGAAUGUGACUUGGUACGAAACCGGAGUACUCGCUAUUUACAUCUAUCGAAGCGAAAGCGAAGAGCAAGUGCUAGAGUUGAACAUAAAAACUCCGAUAGAGUCUCUGAAAUUCAUUAACAUUAACAGCAGCCUGCGCGUCUCUGGCAGCCUUUACAGGCCUAAGUUCAGUGUUCGCGCACCGGACAGUGCCAUCGAUGUGAACGGAUUUCUGGAAACGAAAGAAUCGUUGAUGGACACGUUGAUAGUUAUCAAGGUCGAUACACCAUUGCUGAAGAUACCGAAAUCUACUAUUACCGCGAAACGAGAAUUUACCGUGGAAAAAAGGUACGCGCAGAUAAGUUGUAACGUUGCCGAACCUGCCGGACUUUCCUUCCUGUCGAGCUGGCACGCGACGAAAGAUGAAAUUAAAGCUUUCGUUCUCUUCAACUCUUGGAUAGAAUCGUUAAAGAACAUCAAAGUUCACGUCUCGUAUCAUCCAAACACGACCGCGAACAACGGUACCGCGAAUCUAGAAGUUUUAGCGAAACUACUCGACCGACAAUACAAACUAUUGGGCAACUAUAGCGGUGACAGGAUCGAGUCUGAGUUCUAUACGCCUGCCUCGAACGGGAAACCGCAUCUCCAGUUUCACGGCAACACGAUGAAAGAAAGCGAUUCUAUACACAAAUUGAACGGCCAGUUACGAAAUCACAUGACUUCAAAGGUGUCUACUGUUUUCGGUACCAUCGAGCUGACGCAGAAUGGCUCUUUGCACACUGUCGAGAUAACGAUCCAGCCAAAGGAAGCCGAAAUCGAUCAAAACGACAGUUUAGUUUUGAAACUGAAGAAGGAGAAGUAUGGAUUAAACGCUGCGUUAAUUGGUCACCCGAUAAACGGAUCGUUGGACGCGAAUUUCGUUAACCCUUUGAACUGGGAUGUGAGAGCGCGUGCAAAUUUUGACAAAAUAUCGACCGUGGAAGGUCAGGUGCAAUUUAUCACGUUUAUGAACGUUCAAGUGAACGGUAACAAGACACUGUAUGUUCAUGCGGAAACACCAUUACCGGAUAUUCGCAACGUCACCCUUACCGGAAGCAUGCUGAUGUCCAACAAUAGCGGUGAUAUUCGGGCAAGUGGUUGGCUGAACGAGUACACUCGAUAUGCGAUUCUUCAAUGGAAGUUGAUCUAUAUGGCAGACAUGUUCGGAAGGGUUUUGAUUGGAUAUGAAGGACCGACCGAUCUUGACAACAGGCUUGUCGAUACCCGGCUAUUCUUCAAGAAUCCUCGUCAAGCAUUCAAAAACGUUGACGUAGGUUUCGAUUUGGACGUGGAUCGUGAAAAAUGGAAAUUUGCGGCGAACGCUACUGUUGGAUUCCGCAACCAUGAGAACAUCGAUGGAGUGUUUACCGUUAGACUACCACCUCCUGAUAACGAUGAUCAUCGUCUUCUUAUUAGCUAUCACGCCAACGGAGGCUUCAAGGAUGUGUCUUACGUGAUCGGGUACAACUGUCUGCGUGCGAAAACUAACUACGCUUCCGAUGGCUCGAUACACAUAGACGAGAAAGACAUCAACGGACAUCUUCGCGGUUCCUGGGGAAUGCUACCAGUUCAAUCCGUGAAUAAUCUCCUGAACAUAAGCAUCAACGAAGAGUUCAAACUGAAAUACUCGCUAUACAGUCCAAAGUUUCAGCAACAAGAAACGUUAGUUUUCUUGCUUGAUUACGGCGCUACGCAAGGCUCCAUAGGCGCUGAAAUUUAUUAUCCAGCUAACACGCGAUUAGCUUCGGCAAAUGUAUCGUACGAAAGUCUGGAGAACGUGAACGGAACCAUCAACACCAUCUUACCUAUGGCGAAUAUCUCGUCGUUAGGAUGUCAGUUCACAGUUCUCACUACUUUGCAACGAAACAAGAGAUACGUGAAAUUAUACUGGCCACAAAACACUGCGAUCGUGGAUUCGGAUUACAAUUACCGGAGCGAGAAAUUGAAUUCGGAUCUGGAAGGAAUUCUGCACGCUGAAGUUCCUCUGAAUACACGUCACAUCGGCCACUUGACUUACGGUUACAAGAAACGACCACAAAUGACCAGCGGUUAUUCCAAACUGACGUACAACGGUCAGGAAGUUCUUCACGGUCAAUAUAAUUCGAAGAGCGAGUCGAGAGCUGGCUUCGAGAAAGAUCACACUCAAAUUACGAUUGAGAACGCAUACAAGCCGAUAGGUAUUCUUUACAUAAACCAAUUUGAGUACAGCGCAGGAAACGAAGGGACCAACUAUCCGACUGUCGAAUUUAAACAAGUUAAUCUGUACCGAUUGGAUAACAAAACGGCGUUCAACGUAGUCGGCGAAUCUAGGAUUAAAACGUCGCACACAGGCCAGGAUAUCCAUUUGAAGGCGAUACAUUUGAACAAGACUGUGCAAUUGAAGACCGAUUAUCAAGUUUUACCAGGCGAAUUCGAGCAAACCAGCUGGCUCAGUUUGGGCGACGACGUUUGGGCUUCUUACAGUAUCAACAUUUUGAACAAAACUACCGAGGAGGUGGAUAAUCAAUUCUUAGUCCUGAACGUCUCUUAUCCUCGUAGAAAUUUCAGCCUCGACGGCUCUUACUGGAUCAGCAGCGAAGAGUUGAGGUCUGCGGUGAAACUCGCUUGGGAUCAAAAAACGACGAAACCUAGAACCAUAGGAGCAUUGUUUAACUGGACGAAACUUUCUUCGGAGGAUAAAGCUGGCAUGCAUCACCGAGCAACCUUCGCUUUGAUCCAUCCGAGUUUCCUGAGACAAGCCGCUCUGAUAGGCGAAGUAAAACAUAGCAAUUCCAGAGACUCCAUGAAUAUUCUUCUCGUCGCUAAUUACUCUAUCGAUCCGAACAAGUGGUUAGAGUUUUCAGCGUCGUUUAGAAAUGAAAGUGAGCCACCGAUUUCUAAAAAAUAUUCUUACCAAAUAGUGGGUAAGCAUCCAAGUACGAAAUUCGAUCUAGGCGCCGAAGGAUUCGUAUACGAACAGAAUAGCAGGCUGUUCGGAAUGGCGAACAACGGACAUUACAAACGUGGAUUCAUAACUCGAGAUACUGGAAAACUAAAUGCACGAUUGGAUCUCAUUCGCAACGAGAUAUUUUACCAGCGAGAGUAUAACGAUGCGAUCAAGUUUUUAAACGCUCGGUAUUAUCCGUUUGACCGCAAAUACGUUUUGAACGGUAGUAUAAUAAAUACACCGAAUCUAAAUGCUACUGGUUACUUCUUUCUCGAUCCAACUGAAAAAUUGACGUGGAUGAUGGUCAACUACACUCCAGAUGCCGUGGAGAGUUUACGAAUGUAUGGUAGAAUUCCUGACGCACGGAAUGCUGUAUUCGAUAUUUGGAGAACUUACGAUGAAGAUUUUACCGUGUCAGACGUCUCUUUCUACUUAAAGCUCAAUCAUUCCCGACUGAUUACUUCCACCCUGCGCUGGAGACCCGAGCUCAAGGCCGAUAUUAUUGCUCUUUUGAAAAAUACGGCAAUGGAUGCAUACGAUGGUAUAAACAACGAUAUAUAUUAUUGGAAACAAUAUAUUAAAAUCGAAACCGUGAACGUAAUUUCGGAUGUUUGGGAUGACGCUCAAUUGGAUCUUCGAGAAUUUAUCGAUGACUGGAACAAUCUGAAGGAAGUUCAGACAGACCUAGAGGAGUUGAAGAACUAUUUAAAUGAUUCUUACAACGCAAACGAUUUUUACAUUAAAGAUAUCGUUCUUUACGGAGGAUAUAUAAUAGAUGAGCUGUCGUUACGAAGUCACAUAGAAUCGCUGCCAAAUAUCCUGAACGAAAUAUGGGAAAUAAUGGGCGAAUCUGGGGAAGCGAUCAGGAACUCGUUACUCUGGAUCAUUGAAACGAUAAAGAGCGCGUUAAACAAAAUCCCCGAGAUCACUGCAGCGAUUCUAAGGGGUGACAUGAUUUCUCAAGUGGCAAGCACAAUCGAUCAGCUGCUCGAAAAAUACGACAAGUUCAUGAAAGAUCUUCACGUGUCGUUCAUCAAGUACAUAGGAAAUCUUUGGGGACAGAUUUCUCAGUCGAUCUCACAGCAAUGGAAUCGAUUUUUACUGCUUAUAGAGCCGAUGUUCAUUCGUUUCAUUCACUAUUUGGAAACUGUGGUCUGGAAGACGAGCAAAGAAUUCCUUGACUUCCUCUACGAUCGAAGAAACGACCUCAUUUCUUCUCCUUAUUUCGAUCAUUUCUCCAAUUUCACUCAAGAUAUCGACAAGUUUUACCGAGACAUCAAGGGCAACGAUAUCAUCACCAACAUUCAGAAAUACUCGAGUUUGAUAAUACAAUUCUUGAAAGAUAGAUACUUCACCUUCGUACCAUUUGGAAAAGAAUUGAAGGACGUGAUCGACGAGAUCGUGAACGAGCUAAAGGAAUUACAAAAAUUGCCGUCUAUACGUUACGCUUUAGAGAAGAUGCAACAAGUGUACGAUAAGGUGUGCUAUGCUUACGAUUACUUCGAGAUACAAGCGAAAAUAGAAAGUGCCAUACGAUUAAUUCACUUGAAAUUAAUCGAUAUAAGUCAGACAGCUCUCCAGGCUGAAAGUAGAUACCGGGUAGCCAAAACGAAAUUCAUCUUCGAUCCUAGACAGGGCUUGAUGUGUUUGGAGCAAAAGCUUCCCAUGUCUUGGCACUCGUUCAAUCAAACGCCAGAAUUUCACGAGAUACCUGAAAUCAGAGCCAUUUCUGACGCAAGUUCCUACUUCGCGUCCUCAGACGUGACUUUCUGGAGUUUAUAUCGGUACAGACCGUACAUGGAUCCGUCUAAUUGGCUUCCACCGUUCAGAGCACAAGCAAUGAUCGUUGGUUUGCAAGACUUUAUUACCUUCGAUGGAAGACACAUAGAGUUCAUCGGUUCUUGUACGUACCUGUUAGCACGCGAUUUCGUGCAUGACACCUUUGCCAUUCUUCUUGAGUAUCAGCAACAAUCCAAUCGAGUUACGCACAAGAUUAUCGUGUUACUUGGAAAGGAUACUCUCGAACUCAACUUCUUCAACGAUAGUAUCAAACUCAUCUCCGGACAAUCGUCGAGUACAGCAAAUAAUCUCGCGCUUCCGAUCGAACUCGAGAAUGGAACGACGUAUGUCUAUCAGGCAGAAAGCGUGGUUACCGUGGAGCGCAAGCAAAAUCAGUUCCGACUCGAAUGCAAUUUGAAAUUCAAUCUGUGUACAUUAGAAUUAUCCGGUUGGUAUCACGGCAAAACCGCCGGUAUUCUCGGAACGAUGAACUACGAGCCAAUGGACGAUACCAUCGCAUCGAAUGGUAUCGUAACGAAAAACGUGAGGGUAUUUGCCGAAAGUUGGUCGAUCGAACAAGAAACCGAAGAUAAGUGCCCGACAAAUAAUUCCGAUCCAAGAACAAAAUCAAAAGCGGAUUCGGUGGUCAUAGAAUUCUGUAAUGAUUUGUUCGUGAACAAAAGUUCGGAAUUCCUUAGCUGCUUCCACGUAAUAGAGCCGGAAGAAUACUCAAAAAUAUGUACUGCGAGCGAGAGCAGAUCGGAAGCCUGCACCGUGGCGUUAUCCUACAUGCAGAUUUGUAUGUUCCAUGACACGUAUCUCAGAAUACCGGACGUAUGUAGUAGUUGCAGUAUGAUAGACGGUAGUCAAGUUGCGGAAGGCCAGUUCAUUAAAUUAGAAGGUGAUCGAGUACCAGGCUCGACCGAUGUAGUGUUCAUCGUCGAGGGGAAAGAAUGUAACCACGGUGUGAAAGAAAAUCGUAGCAUCGAACAGUUAGUCACUCAAUUGAACAAGGAGCUCAACGAUCAAGGUCUGACGGAUAAUCGAUGGUCUCUGGUUACCUUUGGAGCGGACGGAGUGUUUGAUCAUCCGAGAAGCGUCGUCUUCGAUGGACAAAUCUUUACUAAAAACGUGGCGCGAUUUGUCGAUUACUUCGAUCACGUGCCGAUCGGCGAUGGAAGCGGCGAUAUUUUCGCAGCAAUCGCGUUUGCCUCGAAACUCGUGUUCAGAACCGGCGUAUCAAAAACUUUCAUCCUAAUGCCAUGCUCGCAUUGCGAGCCGGAAAAUCAGACGCUUGACUACGCAGUGGUACAUGAAGUAUUAUUGGAACACGAUAUUACGCUUCACAUAUUGAUGGAUGGUGAUUUCGAAUUCGAAAAAGAGAGACUGAAUAAGAUCUUCUAUGGUCUGGACGCGACGAAAUCGUAUACGAAAAAAGAUUCCAGAACGUUGAUCGGUGAUAUCGACCUACGAAGACAAGUGAAACUUUCAAAAAGUGCGUUAGGUUAUUGCACGCCUUUGUCUCUGGAAAUUAAUGGAACAAUAUUUAGCGGUAACAAAUUACGUUUCGAUAAGCUGACUUCGAUCAAAAAAUUCGCCAGUGUUUUCUCCAAGAGGGUAGCUUUAACGGCGCAACCUAAUCCUUGCCAAAACUGCGAAUGCACCGCUGAUAAUAAUGGCGUCACACGUAUGGAAUGUAUACCUUGCAUCUAUCCAACUCUGGUUUCUGUUGAUUACGAAACGUUUAAUCUGAACGAUUCUUUGGCAUCUAUACAGUCACUGAACAUCGAUUAUGAUCAAAUCGAUAUCGAUGACAGCUGAAGAAGCACUAAAUGGGCACACGCGUCCCUCCUUUUUCUUACUUAUUUUGUAGGUAUUGUUAAUUUCGCUCGAACGAAAAACUUUUACCAAUGUAUAUGCCAUACAUUUUUCGACAAUGAGUAUUCAAGACGUAUUCUGAACUUAAGAAUAUCAUAAUGAUACCAUACGUUUAGUAAAUAAUUUCAUGUAUUUAUAAAGUAAUAUUCAGUCCGAUUUUUACUUCGAGAUACUUUGAAAGGAAUAUUAUAUUUAUAUAGAUACAUAAGUAAGAAAGAGACAGUCUCGUUUAUUAAUCGACGACGCAACACGCUUUAUGUGUACAAGUUUUCGAUCAAAAAAUUGGAAUCGAAGAAUCAAAAAACAUUACGCUAUUUUAAAUUUAAUCAACAAAGAACAUAACAACAUCGAGUAAAUAAUAAUAAUACGUGCCAUAUGUUAAGAGUACAAUUCAUCUUAUGAAAUACGCAUUUUUUAUAUCUUUUUCCUUUUUAUACAAUUUUCAAUUAGUCUUUCUCGACAUGCAAAUUAUCAGGCAAGUAUUUUUCGAUACUUUUACGUUCUAUUAAACUCUUGUGUGUAUAUAAACGCAAUGUCAUUCGUUCAAAAGUCAAUUGAAUCACUGACCAAGGACAAAAUAUCAUACAUUCUAAUUGUUUUGUAAGAUGUUCAUAGAUAACUAAGAAUAACGUACAGAUUAUUUAAAGAUAGAAGCUCUCUCUGUAAUAUUUGUAUUAUGGCAAUGCAUAAACAUGGCAAAGAUUUGCAUCGAAAUCUCUUGACACGAGAUUCUAAAUUCCGAACAAUAGCCUGUUCUCUUUUUAAGGGUAUUCUGAAGUAAGAAAAACUGACAGAAAUGGAAAUAAAUACUAUCAUAAUA